GGAAAACAGACUGUUUUAGCCGGGGAUAAUAAAAAGGUAACAAAAAAUAGUAAACAAUUCUAAACUUUGUAAUUGUGAUUAAUGGACGAUAAAAUAAUAAAAAUAUUCAACAAAAAUUCUUUCAGUGGAGGUAAAGAAUAAACAAAUAGAUGCCCUUAAUUGAUAACACAAUGUUGUGAUUAAUGGUAAUAACGUCUUUUUAAAAUCAUUUAAAAAUUAUAAGUCUUUAGCACGAUAGCUUUUGCAACAUUUGUUAGAAGUAAGUACGUACAUGCCAAAUUUUUUAAGGAAAAUAUUUUCACAUCCUGGUGGUUAUGUGUUAAAUCCAAUGGGUGGAGUGGGUUGUCAGAAAUAUGAACUUUCAUUUUUUAAAAUCUGAGCAGAUACUGACCAUUUGUUAUCCUCCUGAUGUUAUCGAUGAUGGAAAUAAAACAAAUGUGCACAGCCAAGGAGGUACGUUUUUGAAUGCUUUAUAAUAUAAUCAAUAAAGGAUUUAAACAGAAUUUAAAUACAAUAAAUACAAUUUCUUUGGCCAUUCCAUUAGUGUUGCUGCAUUUGUAAAUAUUUCAAAUUAAGUAUAAUAAAUAUCAUAUGUCAUAUUGGUCAAUAUAUAAUAUAUAUAUAUAUAUAUAUAUAUAUAUAUAUAUAUAUAUAUAUUAUUAAAAAAUAUAUACAUAUUUGUCUAUAUAUGGCCCUCACAUAUUUUUAUAUAUAGAGAACUUUUUUUAUUUGUAAAUAUUUCAAAUUAAGUAUAAUAAAUAUCAUAUGUCAUAUUGGUCAAUAUAUAAUAUAUAUAUAUAUAUAUAUAUAUAUAUAUAUAUAUAUAUAUAUACUAUUAAAAGAUGUCAACAUCUUUGUCUACAUGGGGCCCUAACAUAAUUUUAAAUAAAGAGCACUUUUUUGGGCAUUUUCCAAAGAAUUUAAAAUGAAAUUUAAGAAAAAAUGUUUGUUAGUUAUCCAACCUAAAAUAUUACAGCUGUAGAAUGAUAAAGAUUAAAUUAUUUUGGUACCAUGGGCCUAAAUAGUAAUAGUUUAUAAGGCAAUAUAUUUGCAAAUUCUGUUCUGUUUUAAUGGGACACUUUAAAAAAAAAUUACUUUAAUAUUUAUCUGAUUGAUUUAUGAUGAGGUAAGCAUUCCUAAUGAUAGGUUAAUUAGUUAUUUUAUGAAAGUAGUCCAGGCAUGAGUAAGAAAGAAUCGCUGACAUAGAAACUUGUGUGAACAAAGGGGACUAAUAUUUGGUAGAGUGGGAAACAGAAGGACUAAUAGAAUGAAAGGGAAAGCAGUCUAGUCCAGUUAUCCCUUUAUUGCAUUGUUUUUUUUUUGGCUAAGUUUGUUAGUGAAGCUUACUAUACUUAUUGACUUGGUGCUAUUAUUUGUGCUAGUGUUUGUAAUGAUGACAAAGUGAAUUAAGUGUGUUAGUGAGAUAAACGUUAAAUAGUUUACAACUGAAAAACACUUUGCAUCAGAUGUUAUUAUUGUGCACUGGCGUAAAUGUCAUACCAUAGACCACAAAGACACCAAUCACAAUUCUUGUUAUUCCCUCUCUAAGAUUGCCCAUUCUGAAUGAUGAUCCUAAUUCAUUGUAAUUGAUAAACGGGCAUAUCUUUAGGAUUGGUCAAUGAUCUCUUUAAAUCAAACAUAUUUUCAUAGUUAUAUUUGGUCUUUAAAUGCAUCUUGAAUAUUAACAGAAGGAGCCUAGCCCCGAAAUUCAAUGUUUACAAGAGUAAUUAUAAAUCUUACAUUUUAUUUACCAAAAUGAACAUUUUAAUUGACGAGUUUGCAAAGGAUUUUUGUCAAGACCCUGGCUAGUAACGAUUUAGAAGGAUUUUUUUCAGAGUACAAACCAGAGCAAAACUUGGCUGCUUAACUGCAAUCAUAUUCUAUUCUUUUAAGAGAUGGAAAUAAACAUUGUACCAUUUUUAAAAACAACAGUUCAAUGCAUUGUAUUUGAAUGGGAGGGUGGACAAUAGAUCACAAGUUCAGUGACGUGCAUAAAGAGUGCUUAUCCGACCUCGGGGUUCUUUUAUAAAUUUUUAUUGUGAUCUUGAUAUAAUCAAAGUGUCUAGUUAAACAACAAGGAUGUACCUAUGCACACUGCCACUGUAAAUUACAAUUGAAUCGCUAGACUAAAGUAUAUGUUGGGAUCAAUUUCCAGAUACUGAGCAAGUUUUACUAGGCCGAAACCUUUUCUUUUUCAUCUUAAUUGAAAAUAUAUUUUAUAAUUAAUUUAUUAUUUUAAUUUAUAACAGUCUUAUUAUUAUUAUUUUUUAAAAAUAUUUAUAGUCUUUUUAACUGUUUUAACUUGAACAAGAUGUGCUGGCCUUUAGACUCAUAAUCAAAAGACGUAAAACUACGUUAAGAUAAGCCAUAUCUUAGGCUCCAAAAAAUGUUUUACAUUGAAACAAGUGAUUAUUACAAACUCUUGCGACCAACGCGCAUUAAAUAAUUUUGUUUAAAAAAUUUCGAUAAAUACAACUUGCUUAUACACACAUUAAAUAUAGGCCUAUAAAUUUAUACUUACAAAAUUUAAAAACACACUUUAAACAUAAAAAUUGAGUAAAUUAAAUUAAUUUGUAUUUUAAUUAUGACAUAUUUUAUUCUUUUCAUUUUAAAUUUAUCUUUUUAAGUAUAUUUUAAAUUAUUAUUCUUAACAAAGUCAUCUUUAAUUAAAAUUUAAAAAGUAAAAAUACUUUGUGACACAAACAUGUAGGUCUACAUAUUUUGAACAUCUUUCAAAUUAUCAUUAAAAUCUAAAAUCUGAAAUAGUAUACAGUAUACAUGUUUAUAUUUCAGCUAAUACACGAAAACGUAAAACACCUUCUGCUAAAAAUUUAAAACAGUCCCCGGUAUCUGGUGAUAAUAAACAGGUAACAAAUUCAAAGCUGAUUUUAACUUAAUUUCAUGAGUAUAGCUAGCAUGUGAAUUUUUUAACAGAAACUAAAUUUUUCAGAAAAGGCAGCUAGUAAACAGUAAAAUAACCUAGAUAUUGAAAUAAUAAAAUAUAGCAGUAGAUGUAGCAUGGGAUUAUAAACAGGUUUAUAUUAUACGUUAAGUCUUUAAAUUUAAAAUAAUCUAAAAUCAGCUAGCAGUGAGUAUUAAGCUGUGAGUAGCGAGCAGCAAGUUGCAAGCAACGAGUUGCAAGAAGCAAGUAGUGAGUAGCUAUAGGCCUAUUCAGUUUUAUAACAGUAAAAGUUCUUGCUCAUGGUCACAGCUAAUAAGUUAAUAAUUUAUUAGCUUUCAUAAUUUAUGAAAUAUAAUAAAAAAAUUGUUAGCAUUAGUUAUAAAAUAUUUAACAUCUUAUUAAGCUAAGUGUUACAUCAGAAGUAUCUAACUGCCAUAUUGACAUUUAACAGCUAAAAACAAAAUUUCUUAAAUCUAUAUAAAAUGAUCUGUAAUACCUGAUGAUGAUGAAGUGUUUGAAAAAAUUGUACCUUAUGAAAUUAUUUUUAUUUACUCAAUAGAGAGAGUUAACUAAGAUUAAAACUUUUUUUUUUAAACUGAGCAGAUAUUUUAUUAUUCUAAUAAGAACAAUGACAUAAUGAACCAAAUGUAGAUGAACAAGCUUGUAAGAUCUAAAUUUGUUUAAUAUGAGAGUGCUUAAGAGAUAAUAAAGGAUUUUAGAAAUAAAAAUAAUAAGAUGAAUACAUUACAUUUUAUAAUGUUUACUUAUAGAUCAAAUCGAUGGUAAUAAAUGUAUUAUUGUUUGAACAUCUACCUUAAAUCUGAAUAAUAAUAUAUAUGUAGAUCUAUAUUUUUGGUUAUUUAUAUAUAUAGGCCUACAUAUAAAUAUAUUUAGGCCUACAUAUAAAUAUAUUUAGGCCUACAUAUAAAUAUAUUUUAGCUAAUUCCAAAAAUCACAAAAAACUUUCUGUUAAAAAAUAAACCCCUCUCAGUUUCUUGAGAUAAUAAACGGGUAAAAAGAAUAAGUAUUAGUACAAACUUGUUAGUAUUAGUGUUUUUUAAUGAAAAAAAAUCGGAAUUUUGAAAAGAAAUGUUUUGAGUGUAGGUAAAUGACCUUAGUUUUAACAACUAUAAUAUAGAAGUAGUAGGCGAUUAUAAAUAGGUAAAUAUUAAAAUUAGAUUUUUAUUAUGUAUUAUAAAUGAUCCUUCAAAAAUAACAAUAGACUAAACAUUUAUAAAGAAAUGUUUUCAUGAAAGGAUGUAUAGCUUUGACAAACAUUUAAAAAUAUAUGUAUUUAUUUAAGCAGAUACUUGAUCCAUGUCUUCCUAACAAUGAGGCCAAAGAACCUAAUAAGAAUGAACAAAAUGGUAUGUUUUAAAUAUACAAAUGUGACAACUACUUAACUUAAGGAUUUUUAUUUAAAAAUAAGGAGUUUUAAUUCAAUAACUUCUAUUUUGUUUUGUAGUUCAAGGUGUACAUUAAAAUACAUUGUAGUAAUUAGUAAUGACUAGGGAUUAAAUACUUAGACUUAUAUGUAAUAAAUAAAAAGUAUUGACUAUUUAAAAACUAUUAAAUAUUUUUUAACUUUAAAAAUAAACAAAAAAUUGUGUUUUUUUAAUUAAUAAAAACUAAAUCAAGAUAUUAUAUAAUAUGAAUUAAAAUUCAAUGUUGGCUAUCUUUGAUUAUUUUAGUUUCCCAUAGUCUAAGAUAAGUAUUAUUAUGCAUUGCUGUCUCAAAAUUUAUACACAUACAAUUUAAUAUUUGGAAAGUUAAAAAUUAAUUUCAAUGAUUAUUCUUUGCAAUUCCCUCUAAAUUUUUAAUCCUAAUUUCAUCGAAGAUUACUUCUAUAAAAUUAGUUACAUUUUUUAUAUUUGAGUUGAAUUAUGAAUUCUAAUGUCUUAAAACAAUGGAACAAAAAGUUAAAUACUUAGUUGUAGAAUGUGUUUUAGGGCCACACUUAGAAUUAUUAGAUAAAAUAUAGAGUAAUACAUUUAUUAUUGUCUGUACAUAAAUAUUUCAGUUCGUGCAAAAAAACGCAAGAAAUCCUCCGCUAAAAAAUCCAAACAGACCUUAUUAUCUGGGGAUGAUAAACUGGUAAAAAAGCUUAACUCUUGUUAAUUAAAACUCAGUAUUUAAAAAAAAAACAACUAAUAUAGUUUUUAAUUCUUAACAGACAUAUUAUACCUUUAUGCUAUACCUUUUGACAAUUACUUAGCAUAAAACUAGUUUGGUUUAAAAAAAAUUGAUUUUCAAUUACCAAUAUAUAAUAAUUUCUACCAAAUUAUUGUGAUUUUAAUAAAAAAAAUGUUUAUUUAUUUAAGGGCAAAUUUUCAAAAAACAUUUUAUCCUCUUAAUCAAAUUUGAUUUAGUGGAAAAAUUAAACUUUUUUUAUGCAAUCACCAGGCACUACAUCCAUCUGAUGCUAACAAUAAAGGUAAAGGGACCAAUGCAAUUGAUAAGAUUGUAAGCUAUACAAUCUUACAUAAUGACUAUCAAAUGUCGAAAUAUGGUUUAUUAUAAGUAUCAGAUUAUUAUCUGGAUAUUUUCAAUUAUUUCAUUGAAGAGUUGAAAUAUAAUAUAUUAAAAAUGGAAAGAUUACACUUUCACUUGUUUUCAUUAAUUCAGACACAUAAAAACUGUAUUUGUGUCUUAUUAAUUUCUAUAAACAGCAGAUAAUAAAUACUGCUUUAUUAAUUUUGUUUUCAAUUAUGUUUAACAUAAUAUGUAGAAACAAUUUUAUUUUUUUAAAAGCAAUUGAUCAUUAAUUUUGAAUUUUUUUUUUACCACAUGAAAAAUAAUAUUUGUGCAUUUUGAAUUUUAAAUAAGCUACUAAACAUAUCUAUCGCUUAAACUUACUUUGCACUAUUUAAUUGCGAUAUGUUUAUUCUACAUCAGAUUCCAACAAUUUGUCACCUUGCAAGAAACACAAAUCGGCUGUGUCUCUUCAAUUAAAAGAUUGCCGGAAAUAUCCCGGCCAUCCGAAAUUCUACCCAUUUUAUGACUUUAGUUAUCUUGAUCUACAACACCCCUACAAUAACGAGAGACAGUUUAAUGAUCUUGUCAGGGCCCUGGGCAACCUUGUUGUUAAGGUAUACUUUAUAGGAACGAGCCCCGACAGACCACCUGUGUACAUGGCAACAACAGAGGAAUGCAAGGGCACCGGGAAUAUUGUGUCAUCAGUAAUGAAAAGGAAAAAGGAUUCCAUGCAUUGUCCAUUACUUGAAUGUGAGGUCUGUAAGGAACAUCCUGGCAGUCAAUGGGGGGAAAUAACAGUGGACACGGCAGCUCAUGUUGUGUGUGAUGACCACGAGGUUAAGAGAACUAUUUGUGUACUUGAUUAUAAUGAUGAGAAUGCCAUAGUAAAAAUUUUACAGGGUGUCAGAAAAAAUAAAAUCAGUGAGGUGAAUGACACAUGCAAGUUCAUGUGUGUCACUCAUGAUACGAAGCUUGUGGGUGAGCUGAGAAAGAAAAUAAAAUCCUUGCAAAAAAUUCAUGAACAACUUUACAAAAAAUAUGUGACUUUGACACAGAACAAUCUUGUUAUACUUGUAUCUCACCCACACGGGUGUCAAAAACAUGUCACAUUUGGACAGUAUACGCGAAAAUAUGUUUCAAAAAGGUUACGAAGUAAGACAUAUUACACCAAAUACAAAUAUAACCUACCUUCCUGCCCUGGUAGUAGUGGAGCCCCCAUUUAU